AUGGGUCGUAUGCACGCACCUGGUAAAGGUAUUUCACAGUCGGCGCUUCCAUACCGACGCAGUGUUCCCACUUGGUUAAAACUCACUGCCGAUGAUGUCAAGGAACAGAUUUUCAAGCUUGGCAAAAAGGGCCUCACUCCGUCCCAAAUCGGUGUCAUGCUCAGGGAUUCUCACGGAGUGGCCCAAGUGAGAUUUGUCACAGGCAAAAAGAUCCUGCGUAUCAUGAAGGCUAUGGGCCUUGCCCCUGAUCUACCAGAGGACUUGUACUACCUGAUCAAGAAGGCUGUUGCCAUGAGGAAGCACUUGGAACGUAAUAGGAAGGACAAAGACAGCAAAUUCAGAUUAAUUCUGGUCGAGUCCAGAAUCCACAGGCUGGCUCGAUACUAUAAGACAAAGAGUGUGCUCCCUCCUAACUGGAAAUAUGAAUCGAGCACCGCCUCCGCUCUAGUGGCU